AUGACAGAGCCUCUUCCGUUUUGGUGUCAAGUUGGAAAAUUCAUUGAUGCUAAAGACAGCAUGAAUGACUGAUGCAUGGCAACAGUGAUUAGUAUCUCUCAACCUUCACGUACAAUUGCAGUCACCAUGGAUGGGUGGGGUGACAAAUGGAAUACAACGUACCCAUUUAAAACUUCUAAGCUCGCGCCAUUCAGAAAACAAACAAAAUGCUACACUGGUCCUAAGCGUAAAGCAUACCGCGACUGGGAAUAUUCCUCCACAGAGAUGGAUUAUAUGCAUCAAAUGAUAGAUUCCCUACUAUCUGGGGAGAAAUAAAAUGAAGGCGUUGACAGAAAGUGGACUCCGAGGAGAACUCCCUAUGAAGCAGUUGGGAUACAUAUUGAUGAGGCUGAAAACAGGGCCUCUGUGCCUUUUUGAAGAAGCUUUCAGGAUUGGAAAUGCCUUGCCGAGAAGGGAAGUUUUGUUUCUCCCCGAAGGUUUUCCUGUACCUGCCAGAUGGGCUAGACAGGUUUUGCCUACUGCAUGGUCUUCUCUCAUCGGGACCAUCGAGGUAUCUCAAAGAAAUGGCUCUGCCCAGGAGAGUUGAUCCCCUGGGCAGGUGGUUUAGGUCAGAAAUCCAAAAGGACGAUUUUUUGGAGCAAAGGUGGGGGCCAUGGCUAGUGUCUAGAUCCAAUUAUGGCCAGCAUAAUCGUUUUAACUAACUACUCUCAGGGACCCCUGAAAAUGAAUCAGCCUUUGAAAUCACCCAAUUCUACAGGGGAAAGCUCUUUAUUUUCAUAGAAAACUUGCUGGUUUAUGACUUCAAAUCAAAUAAAGACCAUCUCCCCAUUUCUGUGUCGCUUUUCUCAAAAACGAUUAGCCUAAUAGUAAAAUGGCUUAAGGAAGCUCCAAAAUUAUUCCCAUAUUACUACCAAGGACUUUCCCAGCCUGAUUUAUUUUUAACUGAUAGUAAGGUUGCAUUAGCUAAUGCUUGGCCAGAGUUAUUGAGUACUUUAAAUAAACUUUUUGCAUUGGAAAAUAGGGUUUCAGAGUUUUUCUUAUAUUAUGACGAAGUCCCAGGGGACUAUGAGCCAGUGUCAAUAACAAAUUUAAGAAGUUCAAACUAUUCAGAAACUUUGCUAUAUUUGAUAAAUCUUUUUGCAAAAAUAGGAGGGUUUGAUGCAGUAUUAGAUAUUAUUAGGAACAACAAUGACCAGUCAAGAGUGCCUUUUACGUUUGUUAAUCAGAUAUUGCUGUACGCAAUUAACCAGUUUAUUGAUGCAGAAUUUUCAAAUAAAUUCUUUACGGAGUUCACUGGUUUGAUAUUUCAGAGGAUUAAAAUUAUAGUAAAUUUGGUUAAAUUUUUUAUGGAAAAAUAAUUUUAAUAAUAUGAAAAUGUUAAUUGUAAGGGCUAGAAUAUAUAGCAUAGUGCAGGAUAUUUCAGAUACCGAAUUAAAAGAUCUGAAAUAUGAAGAAAUAUUAAAUUUACUUGCCAGUAUGGGAAAACUAUCAGGAGAACUCAAUAACCCUGCAUUAGAAAAUAAUAAACUUGGGCUGUUUCUAAAGAUGCUGAAAUGCAAUUAUUUAGAAAAAAGAAUUAAAGGGUUAACAGAAAUAAAUUUGGUCAUAGAAAGCAUUGAAGGAAAAGUUAUAGGAUUCGACAACUCCAAGGUAAAGGUCAGUGAAAAAGAGCUAGAAGAGUGGCUAAUUGCUGAAGGCCUUAUCAGCUUAAUUUUAUUUGAAAGGCCACAUAUAGAGCUAAUCAAACGAUCUGGGCCUAUGCUUAGAUUUUUAGCUCGGCUUGGAAGACUUGAAGGAAAAGACCUAGAAAUUUUAUGGGAAUCUGCCAUGUCCAAACAUGAGUCUUAUAUCCGUGCAACCUAUGCAGUUAUUGUAGAAAUUGUGCCAUUUUUAAAUGAAAACCAAAAUGAUUUUCUAUUUGAACAUUUCUUAAAAGUUAAGCUGGAAAAUUAUGAUGAGCAGUUUUUACAAUUAAUCCAUGAUUUCUCAUCACGCGCUAUAAUGACUUCUUCAAAAGCAGCUGAAGAAAAAGAGACUUGGAAUGAGAAAUGAUACGGAAUUAGUAUUUUAGAAAAUUUAAUGCUGGAUAGUUCGCCUGUAAAUUUGUGUAAACUUGCUACAAAAUAUUUAGGGAAUAUUUUAAAUUUAGACUGCUGCAAAAGGCUUAUAAAGGAAUAUAAAAAGAAAGCUAUCGGCUUGAUAAGGAAUAAUAAUUCAGUGCCUCAAGCAUUAAAGUUGUUAAUCAGAAUUUUAGGUGGAAAUCAAGAAGGAAACAAAAAAUCAUAUAAAAUCCAAAAGCUUGAGCAGCAAAACAAUUUAAGAGAUUUAGUAAUUGAAAGCUUAAGAAUUUAUAUGAUAAAGGCGAAAAAUGGAGAAAUAGCUAAUGAAAGAUAUACUAAUUAUAGUAAAUUGAUUAUUAUAGCUAUUUUGAUUUAAAGUAUAAAUAAAUUAGUAUAAAUAGCAUACUCUCAUGAAAAAAAUAUUAAAAAAAGACUUUUGUUUAUAGAAUUCAUAUACUACUCAUCAGAAAGAAAUAUUGAAAUUACCUCAGCCCAUUUAAGCACCUUAUGGGAAAUUUUAAUAAAUUCAGGAAUUUCAGGCAAUAAAGAAUCUGAUAUCUUCUAUAGGUGGCUAAUGCACGGCUUAAAAUACAGUUUCCCAGUAAAUACCGUAACUGCAGAAGAGCUAUUUAGAAGCAAUUUCCUUAUUCUCUCUCUCCGAAUGAGCAAUAAAUUUUAAUAAAUUUAGCUUUAAAAAUAUAUAAGUGAUAAUUUUGACAAUAAAACCUCGAGCAUAUUCUAUUAAAUUUCAAAGACCUAAAGCAUAAUUGUAUAAAGAAAAUUAAUUUAUCUUUUCAAUAUCUACAAAUCAGGAUUAUAAAUUUUAAUAUAAAUUAAAAUUAUUUUUGCUUUCUAAUACAAGAGGAGUUAACGAAAGUCACUUUUCUAGUGAAAAUGUUACUCCACUUGGGUUUGAAAGCUUCAAAUGGCUCUUUAUAAAUCUUAACAAUUGCUAUAAAAACAUAGACGCUCCAAACCUGAGGUUCAAAACUAGACUUUCUAAAGACGUAAUCGCUAUCGACAAAAUUCUUUUAAUCCAGCUCAACGCAAAAAGUGACGAUAUUAGUCACGACGCUUUAAAGCUCCUUGUAGGUCUUUUAACCAGAUACCACGAAAAUUUACUUAUGGAAGCCGGAGCCAUUCUUAACGAUUUCACUAAUUCCCUUCUCCAAACCAUUAUAAACAACUCAGAGUCUGACCAAUUAGUAAAGCGAGGGCUUACUUUAUUACGAUAUUUACUAUGUGAAGACGACGACGAUGAUUCUGGAAAAACUUAUUCAAUAUAUACAAAGGAAACCCACGGAAAAGACUAUAAACAAAUUUUUGUCAACCAAAACAAAAAUAUUCGCCAUCUGAGAAAAGAGGUCGCAAAAGCUUAUAAUCAGCCUUUAGAAAGGACAACAUUACAUAUUGUUGAUAAAGUCUAUGGAAGCUAUGAAGACGACAUUGAGCUAAAAUCGUUAAAAUUGUAUUGGCUAGUUGCUGAUUUUGAUGAAGAAGGACCUAUUGAAUUCAAUGCAAAACAAGCCUUAUCACAAAACCAAGACUUGAUAAAGUCAUUGUUUCUAUUGCUGUCAAAAGCAGAUAAACAUUAUUCAGAUUUAGCUUGGAGCUUAUUGGUAGCUUUACCAAUAAAUGAAAAACUUGUAGAAGACUUAAAUAGGCUUGAAAAACCGGUGCAACAGUUAAUUGAUAUGGGGUCUAUGCAUCAAAUGCUUUAUUGUUUAAAUAUCUCUUAUUCCUUUAUAUAUUUCAUUAUAAUGUAUUUAUAACCUAUAAAAAUUAAUGCAAUAAAAGCUGGAAUAUCAUUUUAAAGCUAGCUGGAAAUGCAGAAUGGUCUGAAAAAUUCUAUAAAGCAGGAGGCACAAAAUACUUAACCCAGAUUUUCAAUAGCCAAAAAGAAGCAGAAGGUGGGAAAUUAAUUGCGAUGAAGGAGUCAUCAAUGCUAAUAGUUUUAGGAAACCUUAUAAAAUCUCACAAUCAAAUAGAUGAUGCUUGGAAUUUUGCUAGCUCUUUAUUAGGAAGUUUCAGCUUAAUCAGCAAAUCUAUAGUGUCACCAGGGAUUUUAACUGAUUUAGAGGAGCUAUUUAAAGCUAUGAGCUGACUUAUAAGACUUAUAGACAACAAUGAUGCUGGCGCUUUAGGAGGAUUAUUGGCUUCUGUUAAUGGGCUUUUAAGUAACCUUUUCGCUGACUGCUUGAUAAACUGCCCAGACACUCAAUACAGCCACUUAUCUCGGUCUUUAUUAGAAGAAAUUUUUGAAUAUUCAGGAAUUUUCUCACAGGUUUAUGCUGAGCUUUGAAAUCUCACUGAAACUGCUAUCAAUGAGCAUAAAAAAUCUUCAGAGUUUUGGGAAUUAUUAUUCCAUUCCAAGAAACUGCCAAUCAUUUUUCAUUAAAAAAAUUCAAAAUAUUUAUCUCUAUAAAUAAGCAUAGCGUCAGUCAUACAAAAAUAUGAGCCUGAAGGCGACCAUUUAAAAAACUCUGUUGAAACUUUAAUGGUAAAAAUCGAGUGUAUGCCAGGAGAAAAAAAUAGCAAUGAAAAAGACGUCGUUCUGUGUGGGAUCAUGAAAGUUCUAACAUCAGCUUGAAGCAAAACUAGGAUAGAGCCUGAAGAAAAGCAUAGAAAUUUAUUUUUAGAAAAAUGCUUAUUCGAAGUCCCUGAUAAAAUUGAUAGACAUGGCAUAAAUCCUCCAAAAUGCAAACACACUGAUACGAGAAACUGCACUUUUGAUCUGCUGCUUGAGCUUUGUAAACAGAGUCAGAGGUUUUUAGAAGAUUUAACUAAUUAUUUAGGAAAAUUCCAUGAGGAGCCACAAUGGAGAACUUCUAGAAGAAUUGACUGGAAUAAUUCUCCAGCCGCCAAAGAAAAAUCACUUACAGGGUAUGUCGGACUGAAAAACCUAGGGUGUACUUGUUAUAUGAACUCGCUUCUUCAGCAGCUUUUUAUGAUUUCUACAUUUAGAGAGUCAAUUUUAAAUACUGACGUCAGGACUGACCAAGAACCUCUAGCAGAAUCUAAUUUGUACCAGCUUCAGCAUAUUUUUUCUGGCUUAAAAUCUAGUGACAAAAUGUAUACCUUUUUUUAAUAAAAAAUAAAAAAUAUCUACUAUAAAAAAUAGAUGGUAAAUUUAGCUGAAAUAUCAUAUAUCAACACAAAAAAUUUUGCUAAAUCUUUUAAAGAUUAUGAUGGAAACCCUAUCAAUCCAAACGAGCAAAUGGACGUUGACGAAUUUUUUGGCUCUUUUAUGGAUAAAUUAGAAAAUCAGCUGCAAGGCACAGAGUAUGGAAAUACUAUAAAAAAUCAUUUUGGAGGGCUUCAGGCGACUGAGCUUAUAGGCAAAGACUGUGUCCACAGAAGCGAAAGAAUUGAGCCGUUCAUAUCAAUCCCAGUCGAGGUAAAAACCAAAAAAUCUUUAAUAGAAGGUUUAGAAAGCUAUGUGGCAGGUGAAAUGCUUGAAGGAGAAAACGCGUAUCAAUGUGAUCACUGUGAAGCCAAAGUCCGCGCAGUCCGUCGUGUAUGUGUUAAACAUUUGCCAAAUUAUUUGGUUAUCGCUUUAAGAAGAUUUGAAUUUGACUUUGAUACCAUGACCAGAAUGAAGCUAAAUGAUUAUUUUGAGUUUCCAAUGGAGCUUAAUAUGGAGCCGUUCACCCAAGAAGGAUUAGAAAGAGCUGAAAAAGAAAAAGAAAAACAAGCUGGAAAAGAAACUGUAUCCUGAUCCAAUAUGGAUAUAAAUUUUUAUCAUAAAAUUUAUUUUAUUAUAUAUCAUUCUAUAUAAAAAGAAUAGUUCCUAAUAAAAAAUUCAAUGAUGACUAUUACAACUAUAAACUCAGAGGAAUCAUUAUCCAUUCAGGCACUGCAGAAAGUGGCCAUUAUUAUUCCUAUAUUUUUGACUUAGAGCAGAAAAAGUGGUUUGAAUUUAACGAUCAAUGGGUAACAGAAAUCAAUGAAGGCGACAUCGCAAAUGAGUGCUUUGGAGGCGAAGAAAAAUACUCAUGGAGCUCUUAUACAAGUUUGCCAGGGUCUGGAAUGAGGGAAAAGUUUGGAAAUGGAUAUUUGCUGUUUUAUGAACGUAAAGGCACUUAUAAGUCUAGAAGUGCUGAUGACGAGUAUAUAGAACCAAUCAGUUUGGCUGUAAAAGAAGCAGAAGAUUUGGAGCAUUACAAAAAGAUUAAGUCAGCUAACCAAAAAUACUGGAGGUCUAGGCAUAUUUUUGGAGCUGAAUAUUCAAGAUUUAUUAGAGGACUGUCUGAAAUCGAUAGUACAUCUGAUAAAUUUUUGAUUCGAUUUUUGCUGACUAUUCUAAUCAGAACAAAAGAGCGAGGAUGGGAACUUGUAAGUAUUUAUAAAAGGAUAGAAAAAACUCUUAUAGGUUCUGAUUACUUGUGUAACUGGGUAUUAGAAAUGAUAUGUGUCCAGAAAAUAACCAAAGAACUGCUAUUAAAUAAUCCUAUGCACACGAUGAGAAAAUUGAUAGUAGGAUUAAUAAAAAUCUGCUUGAGGGUUGUAAAUGAUGAAGCCAAAGAAAAUUUCUUUUUAAGAUUUAUCCAACUUUUGCCUUUCGCGACUAAAAAAUACUCGAAAAAUUAUGCACAAUACUUAGAAGUACUAAAAGAAGCAGUUUUUGCAGCUCCAAAAGUUAUUUUUGAGUAUAAAACUAUCGAAAUUUUAAUCUACCAUCUCCUUCGUCAACCUCUGCAAUUACCUGAAGCUCCACAGUUUACUUAUUUUGAUAUAUUUUUAGGGUAUGAUGAAAAUGAUAAAUCAGAAGAAGAUAUAAAAGAAGAGUCAAUGUUUUUCUCUGAUGCAAAAGGAGCGUCUAGCGCUCAUUUAUACCAUUUGCUUUUUGAAAUUCGUAGUCAGCUACCUCUUGAGGCUAAAACCUUCUUAAAGCGGUCUGAUACGAUUUCAAACACCUUAAAAGACGUCGAUUCCAAGCUUUCAGCCCGCAGCAUCGGCAAACUUUAUGCUGAACUCUGCCAAGAUGAACCACAAGCUUCUUUUUCUGUCUUUGAAAUCCUCGAAAAGCUUUAUCAAUCAGCCGAAUACUAUUCCAAAGCUAAACUUCUCAGAGUAUUUUCUCAAUUGGUCCUAUUCAAUGAUACUCUGCAGCAAUCUCGUAUAGACAACUUCAUAAACUUCCAAUUCCGCAACAUGUCUUUUUGUAAAUAUGCCACUGACGUUGAGCAAAUAAUUUACCAUAUUUUCAAAAUCUCUUCAAAAAGUGAAGUUUUUAGGCAGAUUUUUUAUUUUUUUUAAAAAAAAAUUUUAGAAAAAACAAAUAAAAUAAAGGAAAAUUUUUUUUAGGCAAAUUAUUAUGCAAAAGACUAAUGAAAUGGCAUGGCUUGCCAAUUGGAUCAGCAGUAACAUGAAAAUGACUUAUACAACUUAUAAGACUCCUGGGGUGCAGCAAACUGAAGAAUAUGUAAGGCCAACUUAUAGGAUACUUUUGAGUAAAUGUCAGAAAUUGGCACAAGGUGAAGCACCGAAUCAAGAAAAUGAGUGGGAUUCUGACGAAGAUUUAGGCAGCUGGGAAUUCCAGCCUGGUAAUGAGGUGGACGUGCUAGAUCAGACUGGCCAAAAUUAUAUUAAAGUCAAAAUCGAAGCCUGUAUUGGAGAACUUUUAUGGCUAAGCUCAAAUAAAACUGCUAAUGCUGACCAAUGGGCAUGGAAAGAUAAACAAAGCGAAGAACUCGCUCCACCUGGAUCUAAAAGUGGGAUGAGGAGUAUAAAUACUUCUUCUUAA